AGCCCAUAUUAAUAACACUCUGCCCGUCUGUCCAGGGCUGGGUGCACGUCGGGAAGGGAGCCGCGUCCGGGUCUGGCUCUCCAGCGGGAUGCGCGUUUCCCAGGCUGCCUCGAAGAGGGCUGCUCGCCCAGCGCUCCUCUGAGCCUUCCGCUUGGAGGGUGGCUCCAGUCCCCCCCCCAAGCCCUUCUUUUGGAGCGGGGGCCCUGAUGACGUCGGGCGCGCACGUGGGCCCGGGACCGGCUGGGGGCUCGCGCUGAGCGGGCAGGGGGCAGGAUGGGGCCGCCCUUGGAGAAGUGUCAGGGCGACUGGCGGCAGCUGGAGCAGGAAUUCCAGCAGCUCCAGGAAUCGCACAAAGUCUACAAACAAAAGCUAGAAGAGCUGACCAGCUUGCAGUCGGCCUGCAGCAGCUCUAUACAGAAGCAGAAGAGGGGCUUACAGGACUUGCAGUGCAGCUUUCAAAGAUGCAGACGCAACUGUAACCAGGAAGAAUCGGAACUCAUUGAGCAGAUCAACACCCAGAUCAAAGAGCGCCACAAUGUCUUCUUCGACAUGGAAGCCUACCUGCCAAAGAAAAACGGUUUGUACUUGAAUCUGGUGCUGGGAAAUGUGAAUGUAACGUUGCUAAGUAAUCAGGCAAAGUUUGCCUACAAAGAUGAAUAUGAAAAAUUCAAACUGUACUUGACAAUAAUUUUACUCCUCGGAGCGGUUGCUUGCCGAUUUGUUCUGCAUUACCGGGUGACAGAUGAAGUGUUCAACUUCCUCUUAGUUUGGUACUACUGCACACUGACAAUAAGGGAAAGUGUCCUCAUCAGCAAUGGAUCCAGGAUUAAGGGUUGGUGGGUGUCUCAUCAUUACGUCUCAACGUUCCUAUCUGGUGUGAUGUUGACAUGGCCAGAUGGUCUCAUGUACCAAAUGUUCCGCAACCAGUUUUUAGCAUUUUCAAUUUUCCAGAGUUGUGUCCAGUUUCUACAAUACUACUAUCAAAGUGGCUGCCUGUACAGACUUCGUGCAUUGGGGGAAAGAAACCACUUAGAUCUCACAGUGGAGGGAUUUCAGUCUUGGAUGUGGCGAGGGCUGACGUUUCUCCUUCCCUUCUUGUUCUUUGGGCAUUUCUGGCAGCUGUACAACGCUAUCACACUUUUUGAAUUGUCAAGACAUAAGGAAUGUAAAGAAUGGCAGGUUUUUGUGCUUGCUCUCACAUUUCUGGUGCUCUUCCUUGGAAAUUUUCUCACAACUUUGAAAGUAGUGCACACCAAACUCCAGAAGAACAAAAUGAAGAAGUUGUGAAAAGAGGACCGUACUUCUGAUGGCUAGAACUUGGGGUUUGGUUCCUUUCUGCCUCCCCUUUGAUUAGACUUGUGUUUUGGACAGACCCCCUGCUCAGCCACUAACUGGCUCUACAGUAUGCAAACCACGGAGGAACUUCCAUCCUCGUUACGCUACAAAGUCUUCCCCAACUGACUUAAUUUUGCAAGUGCCGCUUUUUCCAGCUGGUAGCCCACUAUUUAUGUUUAACUUAACCCAGCACCCAUUUGGCCUUUCCUAGGAAUUCAGCAGAGAUUGAUCCUUGCUAGGGGAAAAAAUGGAUUAUCAAGAGUGAAAGGAGGUGUUGCUACUUUGGAAUAAAGCAAGUUUUUUGGUUAAAAUUCUGUCUUUGAAAUGCCAGCAGAUAUUAGAAACUUGGUGGCUGUUCCAAGCAGCUGCUUGGUACCACUUGCUGAGCCCUGUGCAUUCUGAGACCCCCGUCUCUGAAACUAAAAGGGGCCCGUGUGGGAACAGCACUUGUGGACUGGAAGCCACGAAUGGCUCUUCUCCACUUGCAGGCUGACUGGGAACACGUGAAACAGGUGGAGGGAAUCCUUUGCCUCCUUAUUGUAACUUACUCCAGCUAGACUUGCUUAAAAAAAAAAAACCGCGCUACGUAAAAAGCCUCUUGAAAUCCACUGAAUGAUAUAAUGCAAUGUGCUUUGUUGGCACAGAGGUUGAAUGGCUGUUUCGUUCACAGGGCUCAAGUCUUGUUGAGUCUUGGAAAGGGGUGGGGGAAGAAAAGGUAGCAAAUAAAAAAGAACUGCCUCAACC